CAAUCGCCCAACCGACCAUCCAGCCGAUCACUCUGCCAAUCGCUCUGCCGAUCGCUCUGCCAGCUGCCCGGUGUGCUGCCUCCUCAUUCAGCAACGACGUCUCGCACAGCCCGACGACCGACAUGAACGACCUGCUCGCAUCGCCCGCAUUCGCCUCGACAUACCAAAAGUAUGUCGACGCCAAGCUCCUCCAUCAGAAGCACCACAGCGCCAACAGCCCCUUCGAGCAUCUGUAUGAGGCCCGACAGCACCUGCUUGAACUGAAAUCCAUUGUCGAAGACUUCUCCGGGGCUGAGAAGCACCAGAUCCUGGCUGUCCUGGACUAUCAUCUCGGAUGCAACUAUGCAAACACCGAGGAGGGCUCCCAGGGCGAAAAGCUCUUGACGAAGAGUCUGGAAGUGCUGCGGCCUUUGGCAUCACAGCCCUCAUUCGUCGUCAUCGUCAUCGACGCCCUUAACCAGCUUGGAACACUUUGGGCUGGCUGGGACCAGGACAAGAAGGCGUCGGCCUUGCUCGAGGAAGCCGAGCAGCUCUAUACGCAAUUCACCUCUGGUGAACGGCAGCUGCCCCAAGACCCUUUGGUCUUCCCUGUGGUCGCCCAUGAAGAUGCAGUCACCAGUCUGGAGGAUGCACACACCUACACCAUUUACUAUCUUGCCCAAAUAUACGGGGCCCGCCAGCUGACGGACAAAUCGGCCGAAUACUGUCGCCGAACCCUGGAUCGGCAGCUCAAGAGAUCCGACUUGAACAAGCUGACAUGGGCCCUCGACUGCAUGACACUCUCGAACUACUACACCGAUAUCAAUGCCUAUCCAAUGGCCUACCACUGUCUGGCGGCUUCUGAGCAAAUGCUGGGGGCUGUCGACCCGAAGCAAUAUUCUGGCGACGGCGACGACGACGACGAGAAUCCUAUUGAGCGAGCAAAAGCCGAUUUGUCCUGGAUUUGGGGAAAGUUUUAUCUGGCCGCUUUGGACUUUGGCGGUCAAAUGAAACAAGAGAGUGAUUUCGAUCGAACCGUCGCUGCAUCGACUUUAGAUUCGCCCGAGGCAUACGAUCAAGCCGGCGUGUCUCUCUUCAAGGACUUUGAGGUCUCGUACAAGCGUCCCAAGAUUCCCUCGUCCAACAUUCUUACAUAUCAGCAGGCGCGCGACCCCUUCUUGGAGGGACUCAAGUGUGUCUCCGAUGCGCAAAAGUUCUUUGCGUUCGACGGCCACGUCACAGACUAUGUGUCCCUGGUGCAGGAUAUGAGCCAGCUGUACAAAGCCUUGUCCGUCUUUGAGGAAGAUCCGGCACGGCGAUUGAAGCUCCACAAGCGCCGGGCCGAGCUGGUCGCUCCAGUUCUUGUGGAAGUCAGCCCGGUUCACUACCUCCCUCAGACUCAGCAGCUUCAGUUUGAAUUGGCUGCAGCCAAUGAAGCCAUGGUCGACUGUCGUUUGGUCAUGUGGGAAGCUGAGCACAAGUCUAUGGUUCCUGCCGAUCGCGCAGUGGCGGCCGACCUGAUUAACGAACUGGCGCUGGCAUCCGUCCGACUCUACAGCGACUUUAUCACGAGCUUUGCGGAUGCCCAGACUCGGCAGCUUCCUGAUCCUAUUCCGGAUGAGGACAACCUGAAAUCGGUUAUGAUGGCCCGCUGGAAAAUCGCCCGUCUGUGGUCCCGAAUGAUACCUGUUCCGAGUAACAAGGCCGUCUUUGAUCAUGUCCAGCUGCGCGAACAAAAAGUCGAGUGGCUGCAGAGAAGCCUGACUCAGUACGAGCGCAUCAAGUCGUACAACAGUCGACACAAGAUUCCUGGAUUUGAUAUCGAAAUGCAGAUCAUCGAGGAAAUGUGCCGGCUGCUUCCCCAGCAAAUCAAAGAAACUCGCCUGGGCAUGGAUAUUUAGCACCUGCCCAAAACAGAACGGACAUGCUGUCGUUUCUGGGUUGAUUGUCCAUUUGUUUUGGAUGCGAAAUACACACAGGCUCGUGAUUUGUCCGAGAACGAA